AGACGGAGGACGGGCCGUGACCAGCAGAGAAGGUGACGGAGCUGAGACAUGGACAACCCAGCACCAACUGGCAGAACCCUGAUGGAUGCAACCACCUUCAGAGUCAACUUCAGUCACAGCCGGGAGAGAAAAACAUACUUGUGCUACGAGGUGGAGGUCCGGAAGGGUGAUACAUGGACCAAAGUGGAGGAGCUCCAGGGCUUCCUUCGCAACCAGGGUGCUGACACACACUGGGAACCCCGUCAUGCAGAGUUGUGCUUCCUGGAUCAGGUCCCUUGUUGGAACCUGGAUAAGGGGAAGCAGUACAGACUCACCUGGUACAUCUCCUGGAGCCCCUGCCCUGACUGUGCCCAGAAACUGGUGGACUUCCUGGGCGAGAACAGCCACGUGAGCCUGCGCAUCUUCGCUGCUCGCAUCUACUACGCCUUUGUCAGUGGAUAUGAGGAUGGGCUGCGCAA